AGGCUGGAGGCUGGGAUACAGUGCUGAGGAAGGGGUUCCUGGUCUUGUGUGCUACACUGCUGCCCGCUGGCGGGAGCUGAAAGGAGAGUGGGACGAGCUCGGAAACUGCGCCAUGGUGAGCGGGGCCGCCACCCCCACACGGGGGAGAGUCGCGGGAGCCCGCGUGGCAUUCAUUCCGGGGUGCGCGAUCCGGCAGCGACUCGGUGCCCCAUGACGUCCCGUGAGUUCCGUGAGGUCACUGCACCUCCCAAGCCACAGCCGGACCCUUGGAUGACUUAGAUCCGCUGGCUGCGCCUGCGCAAAGAAUGGGGAGAGGCGCUUUUGUGUGAAAACAUCCUGUUGACGUCACCAUGCAGCCUGCGCCUCCGCUUUUAUUGUUGCUAGGGAAGGCAGAUUUGCUGACAGGCUGCGGUGAGCUAUGAGGAUGUGCAUGUGAACUUCACUCAGGAAGAGUGGGCUUUGCUGGAUCCUUCCCAGAAGAGUCUCUACAAGGAUGUGAUGCUGGACACCUACUUGAACCUCGCUGCUAUAGGCUAUAAAUGGGAAGACUGCAAUACUGAAGACCGUUGUCAAUGUUCUGGAAGACAUGAAAGGCAUAUCAUCUGUCACUCUGGAUACAAGCCAUGUGAGGAUAAGCGAUAUAAAAAGAAGCAAUGUACCCCUGUCUCUCCCAGAACAAUUAGACAAUAUGUAGUAGUCCCCACUCUGAGAAGACAUGAUGACUGUGAUGCAAAUUUACAGUUAACUGGUUUUCCGACUUCCAUGGCAGUGCAUCAACAAACUCACACUGGAGAGAAACCUCGUGAGUACAGGGAAUGCAGAAGUCCAUCUGUCUAUACUGGUCCACUCUGUACCUGUCAUGUGACUCACAGAAUAAGGAAAUACUAUGCAUAUAAUCAGUGUGGUAAAACCCUGAGUUCUUCCGGUUCUUUUCUAGGACAUGAAAAUAUUCUGGGGAGAAAAGGAAGUGACAAAUGUGAGCUGUGUACUCAAGGCUGUAACCAUCACAGGUGUCUUCACACAUGCAAAAGAACCGGUAGUGAGGAAGAUCCCUGUGAAUAUAAUCAACGUGAUAAAGACUUCAGAUCUAAUUCAUCUUUAAAAUUACACAAAAGAACUCAUUUGGAAAUAGAACUUUAUAAAGAUAAUCAGAGUGAUAAAGGCUUUGCAAAUCAUAGUCUUUAUCAAGAGCCUAGAUCUCACUCUAAAGAGAAGAGGUGUGGCUAUGACCGGUGUGCUAAAACCUUUGCCUGUCCUAAUUGUCUUCAAAUACAUGAAAGAAUUAAUUUGGAGAAACCCUUUGAAUGUAAUCAAUGUAGUAAAGCUUUUGCAUAUAAAAGUCAUCUUCACAGGCAUGAAAAGAUUCAUACUGGAGAGAAACCCUAUGGAUGUAAUCACUGUGGUAAAGCUUUUGCAUGUAACAGUUAUCUUCAAAUGCAUGAAAGAAGUCACACUGGAGAGAAACCCUAUGAAUGUCGUCAAUGUGGUAAAGCCUUUUCACGUAACAGUCAUCUUCACCGGCAUGAAAGAAGUCACACUGGAGAGAAACCAUAUGGAUGUAAUAAAUGCGGUAAAGCUUUUGGUUGCAACAGUAAUCUUCAAAGGCAUGAAAGAAGUCACACUGGAGAAAAACCCUAUGGACAUAAACAAUGUGGUAAAGCCUUUGUACAGAAGAGUAAUCUUCAUAGUCAUGAAAGAAGUCUUACUGGACAAAAGCCCUGUGAAUAUAAUCAAAGUGGUAAAGCGUUUGCACGAAAUAGUCAUCUUUUCCGUCAUGAAAUAAACCAUAGUCGAGAAAAAUCCUAUGGAUGUAGUCAGUGUGGUAAAGCCUUUGGACGUAACAGUAAUCUUCAAAGGCAUGAAAGAAGUCAUACUGGAGAGAAACCUUAUGAAUGUAAUCAGUGUGGUAAAGCCUUUUCACAGAACAGUCAUCUUCAUAGGCAUGAAAGAAGUCACACUGGGGAGAAACCAUAUGAAUGUAAUCAAUGUUUUAAAGCCUUUGCAUGCAAAAGUGACCUUCACAGGCAUGAAAGAAGACACACUGGAGAAAAACACUACGGAUGUAAACAGUGUGGUAAAGCCUUUUCACAGAACAGUCAUCUUCAUAGGCAUGAAAGAAGUCACACUGGACAAAAAGCUUAUGAAUGUAAUGAGUGUGGUAAAGCCUUUGCGUAUUGUAGCAACUUUCAAAAGCCUGAUAGAAUUCAUAUUGGUAAAAAGCAUGAACCUAGUGUGUGAGGUAAAGCCUUGCAUUCCACAUACAUUUUUCCCAUUGAGCUAUCUCUCUGGGGCUUGAGUAAGAUGAGUAGAAGAAAUAUUGUCCAUUAUUAAAAUAUUGUCUCCUUUACAAAUUGUAAACAUAUUGUCAUCCAAGGAUUCAGGAACAAGCAAUUUGAGUAAUAAAACUUAUUCCAAGUGG